AUGCGUUCAACUUUCACUUUCGGCUUGCUCGCCGUCGCUGGCUUCUCGGCCGCCCAGGAGCAGUACACCAUCGACCCGGACACUGUGCAGCAGUCGACCCGGUCCUACUGGUGCGACCAGCAGAAGGCGUCAUGCCCGCAGAUCUGCCUGCAGCAGCCUGGCGUCUCGAGCAUGAACACGGUCAGCAACGAGUGUGAUUCGGACACCCUCGUGGCCUCGUGCGUGUGUGACAACGGCAUCUCCCCCAACCUCACCCAGUACACGCAAACACUCCCCUACAACAUUUGCCAGCAGUGGGGCACCAACUGCGUCGCCGGCUGCGGUAUUGGGGAGAACGCCUGCGCCGACUCCUGCCGCAAGGACCACCCGUGCGGUGCCCAGGAUCCCUUCAAGGGCAACGCUACCAAGAGCUCGUCCAGCGCCUCCCACGCAUCGACCUCCAAGCCCACUGGCACCAGCGACAGCGACAGCUCGGCCUCAUCCACCCUCCCCGCCACUGGCUUCGCUGGCCAGACGACCUCGCCCGACUCCGCCGGCGCGGCCUCCACGCUCGUCGGCUUCGGCGCUAGCUACGGCAUGGCCGUCACACUUGUCGGCAUCUUCGCGUCGCUCACUCUGCUAUGA